AUGGUGAAGGAUAAGCCAUCCAUGGGUAGGAAAAAGAUCGAGAUCAAGCAUAUCGAGCGUAAGGAAGCACGUCAGGUAUGCUUCUCCAAGCGCCGCCAAGGUUUGUUCAAGAAGGCUAGCGAGCUCUCCAUUCUAUGUGGUGCAAUGGUUGGUGCUGUUGUCUUCUCCCCUUCUGGUAGGCCCUUCUCCUUUGGUUCUCCCUCUAUUGAAGCCAUGGUCAAUCGCUUCCACACCUUGGGCGCUGGCUCUACUAUAGGUGGUGGAAGCUAUGAUCGAAGUAGGGUGGAAAACACCGUACAAAGGAUGAAUUUACAGUAUGCAGAGUUGGAACAGCUGAUGGAGGCUGAGAAGAUAAGAAAGGAGAGGGUGAAGGAGGAAAUUGAGAAGGAGGACUGUGGACGCCUGAUGCAUUUGUUGACUGCUGAUAUCUCUGCAUUAGGGCUUGAUGAGCUGCAAGAGUUCCACAAGGAGAUUACAGCAACACAAGGUGUUCUCAAGGGAAAGAUCAAUCAGGAGCUUCAAGAGAGGCAACUAAUGUCUGUAGGUUCUCUGAAUUCCAGCUAUGAACUUGUUGAGUGGCUUGUUAUCAAUGACUCCUUGGCUAGUGGUGCCCAAGGGGCUGGUGGCUCAGUGGAUGGCCCAACAAGCAAUUUUGUGGGUGAUGGAAACAAGUAG